AUGAAUGCUACCUGCGAUACAAGCCCAUCUCUCACACCGAUCCUCCCGAACAACACAGCUGGCCCAGUCUGUGGACUCACAACUUCCAACAACACCGCAAUUGAGUCUUGUUGCCAGGGCAGUGAUGCCAUACUGGACUACCAAUGCAAGCAGUACUGUAGUACAAACUUGAAUAUCAAGGAGUUUGUUGAAUGCUUGGCCCGGGACUACAAUGCCAGCGCGCUAAUGGCGAUGAGACCUUUCUGUCAAGAAGGCAUUACGAGCAAUAACACAGACCAUCUGUCGGACGAUCAGAGAUCUGGUGCGAACAGCCGACCAGUGGGAACCAAAUCCAUUUGGUUGUUGCUUCUCUUGGGCUUCACCGCAAUCGCAAAUGGCGAACUUGUCCCUUCGCUAUCGAGCGGCCUGACUCGUCGGCAAGCCGAUCCCACAUCAGCGUGCUCAAUAGAGCUGGGCGCCAACUACACCACAAUCCGGAACUCGCGCAAAAUCAGUGCGGAUAUGGAGUGCAGCGAUGACACAUAUUGUACGCAGAACUUUGCUGUUGAGACAGACAUCCUCCAGAACAACCGGACCAUCAACGGUACUUCAGCUGCUGAGCCUCAGUACGAUGAGUUUUUCGGGAUGCUCCAGACCAGGACGAAUCGCCAGUUCCCAGCUCUGAGCAGUGUCAAGCUGAGCUACGAUUUUCUGGUUGGACCUGGAAGCUUUUGGGUAGAUUUCACACCACAUGCGUGGUGCGUCAAUGGCACUGUUUCAGACUGUGCUGGUGUCGGUGAGAGCGACGAUCCUACGCCUGUUACCGCGUGUGGGCCGCUGUUCGUUCCGGACUACGAAACUUCUGCAAAUGCUGGGGAAGCAUCAACCCAAACCACACAGGGGAUCUUGAAUGUCGUGGUAUGAACUGAGCUGGCUGUAACAAGUAACGAGUACCGAGACUGAUAUCCAUACAGCGCUAUUAAGCAUGAUCGGUGGCUUCCACGAACGAAUUUGUUAUGCCAAUAGGCACUUACUCGCAGAAGAUGUGGCCUUCAUCAUUGGGGGUUGGACACGGAAGGACAGGCGAUCGGUUUGAGGGAUGUGGUCGCUGUGAUUACCCGUGGUCCUGACAACUCGCACUACAUGUACGCCACUGCGGAGUGAUUUACUAUUACCGCUAGAGUAGUCUCACCAGAGUCACGGGCUCCAUACAAUUAUUACCACACCUCGUCUUUCCGGA